AUGUCGGAAUCUCAUCGAGAUCAUAAUAAAUCGUCAAAUACAUCUUCAAAUAAAAAUUAUCGAAAUAGUAAAGAUGAAAUUGAACGAUAUACUAAUCGAAAACGAACACAUCUUGAAAUGGAAAAUAUUGAUGCAAAAGUUUAUGUUGGCAAUGUUUUAACUGAAAAAGUAACUGAUGAUGAAUUAUUAAAUUUUUUUAAACCAUUUGGUAAAAUUGCAGACAUACGAGUAUUUAAAGAUCACAUAUUCGUGCAAUAUAAUCGAAUUGAUGAUGCAAAAAAAUUAAUUAAAGAAGCACAAAUACCUUUAAUACUCAAAGGAAAAAAACUUGAUGUUUUACCAGCAAGAGAUGUUAGGUCAACAAGCACAAAAUCAUCAUCAUCAUCAUCAACAGAACGAUCAUCAAAAAGAAGUCAUGAAAUAAAUUUUCAUCAACAUUCAUCGAAUUAUGAAACAUCUCGAAGAAAAUUUGCAACACGUACAAGAUCAAAUUUUAAAACUGAAACUGAUCGAAUUGGAACGGAAAUCAAUGAUCGUAUGGACAUAUCAACAACAAGGCCUGAUCCUUGUCGAUCUAAUAAUGAUACAAUAUCUCGAAAUAAUCAAUUACCUUAUACAAUUUUAACAGGACCAAAAAAUUCGAAUGAUUUUGUUGAUUGUCAAAUAAUUAUUGUUAAUAUUCGACAAAGAAUUUAUGCUGAAGAAAUUGAAUCUCGUCUUUGUUCUCAUGGUCUUAUUACAUCAAUAAUACUUCUUCGAGAAGAUUAUACUUUAACAGAAGCUAUUGAGAAUGCUGCUCGUUUACAAUGUUUAUAUGGAAUUAUUGCAAUGCCUAUGCAUGAAGAACGACGUACUGCAUCUUUUCAUAUUUUAUAUGGACAAACAGAAGAACAUCGUAAUUUAACAUUGGACGAUGGUAUUCAUAUAAUAAUAACAAAUUUUAUGUCAUAUAAAGAACGUCUUCAUAAUGAAGAAAUAAAUUCAUAUCAUGAAAAUAAUAAUUCAAUUGGUUAUUCUCAAUCAAAUCCGUCCUAUGCAUAUUCUCGUCAAUCAAGUAAUCUUACUCAAGAAGAAAUAACUCCACCAGUAUUAAAUCUUGGUGAUAGAUUACCAUUAUCAAUGUUAUUAUGUCUUUUGGCUGAUGGAAGACAAUUAACAUUAGAAGAAAUAGACCGCGUACUUGUUUAUUUACUUGAAAAAAAAGCUAAAAUGUUAACAUUACCUUCGGGUACAUUACCACCAUUACCUGCUCAAUAUGCAGCAAUGAACACAUUUAAUCAUCAAACAGGUGCUUUGAGUUUUUUUUUUGCUUUUUUAUUUUUUAAUGAAACAAUUUUUAAAGUCAGAUACUCCAUAAUAGAAUAA